AUGGCUUCCAACGGUACUCCCUCGCCGCCCCGCAGUGCGACACCGGCAGCCUCCAGCGAGGCCGCCAUGCCGUCCCAAGUCUUGCAACAGCCGACAGAUAGUUCUGCACUGGCAAGUCCCUCCCGAGAAGUCGCUUCUAACAAUGAUGCCGCACAAGGCCGCUCGUCGCACCCUCCGGGGUCCCUGCCUUCCUGGAACCCGGCUGAGCUGCUCCAGCCUGGUCGGCGGGCUAACAGCGCCAUCGACCUGCGGAGCGGGCUCACAAACCAUGCCAUGAGCGCGCCUCAUCUCUCGUCGAGGGAUCGCUCCAGCAGCGGCGCGCCUACCCCCAUGGUUUUUCAGUUCGCCACCGGUGACGAGUCCACCACCAGCGGCUUCACAAGCGAGGCCUCGACACCCAGCAACAGUGGCGAGCCGCGACAAAACGGUGUCGGCAACUGGAUUGAGCGCAUGAAUAAUGUUCAGAGCCGCUCCGCCGUGCCUCAAGCCAAGCGUCGCAAGACCGAGGACGGCCAGGAUUUCGCUGCUAGGACGAGCAAUAUCCCCGUUCGCGGCGGUAGUGGCAUUCUCGGCAGCUAUGUUAGGGAGAAGCGCCUCGAAGGAGAUGCCCAAGGCUCGCCAGCCUCGGCAACGGUGGACUUGACCGGCGCCAACGACGACGAUGUCAUGAUCAUGUCCGAUCCCAAGGACGAGGAGGUCUGUUAUGGCAUGGUCAAGAGCGGUCUUAACUGCUUCAGGGUCCCCGCGCCGAAGCCUGGGAUGCAGAGUCUAUGGGGCCCCGGCUACCAGCCAGGCAUCAAGAUCAAUCUGAAGCGCCAGGUCGGCGAUAAGUCGCUCAAGAUACAGGCCUGUGAUCACACCCGCGAGAUCGUUGGUGUUGUCGAGCCGAACAGUGCUGCAGCAUUCUGCCCUCUGCUCGAUACCAACAUUCGCUUGAGGACCGACUGCCGCAUCCCGCCUCACCCUAAGAAGGCUGGCGAGGAACCCGGCCAGCCAACCUCUCGCUCAUACACUCUCGACGUGGUCAUGUAUGGCCCCAAGAAGUACGCCAAGAACGUCGGCCUUUUGCUUCAAAAGCACAACCUGAAGCUCCUCGCGCCGUAUUUGGUGCAGAAGGGCAUUCAGGUCUACAAUCCGCACAACACUCUGUACUGCCCUCCUCCGCCAAAGGUGUAUCCGACCAACUCGCAAGGCUCCUUUGCAGGGGUCGCCAACAGGACCGUUGAGGAGAUUCGUUCCGAGGUGAUGGGCGUGUUCGACUCGCUCAAGCGCAACGAAGAUCUUCCCUCUGCGGACCCUCCCCCGACGAUUCUCACGCCUUUGCUUAAGCAUCAGAAGCAAGGGCUUUUCUUCAUGGCUAUGAGGGAGAAGACUCUCCAGGAACAGGAACACCAGGAAGCCAUGGUUUCCUUCUGGAAGACGAAGAUCAACGCCAAGGGUGAGCGCGUGUACUCCAACGCAAUUACCGGCCAAGAACAGCGUUCGCCACCGCCCGAGACUCGUGGCGGAAUAUUGGCCGAUAUGAUGGGCCUGGGAAAGACGCUGAGCAUCUUGUCUCUCGUCGCGAGCUCCACAAACGACGCGCAGGUGUGGGAGGGCCUCACCCCAGUCCAGCGCCCUCCAACAGAUGCUCGACCGGCCAAGGAUGAUGGAUACAUGAUGAUGCAACAGGCCAGCUUUGAGCCGGCACCGAUCGUUCGCCACUCCAAGACAACCUUGAUUGUGUGCCCCCUGAGCACCAUCACCAACUGGGAGGAGCAGAUGAAGCAACAUGUGCAAGCCGGUGCUUUGUCGUACCACAUCUAUCACGGAGCGAACCGCAUCAAGGAUGUUGAUAGGCUGGCGUCGUUUGACAUCGUCAUCACUACAUACGGCUCCGUCUCCAACGAACUGAGCUCGCGCAGAAAGCGAAAGGAAGGACUCUAUCCAUUGGAAGAGAUUGGCUGGUUCCGCAUCGUUCUCGACGAAGCCCACAUGAUCCGCGAGCAGUCGACCCUGCAGUUCAAAGCAAUGUGCCGGCUCCAGGCGGAAAGGCGAUGGGCAGUUACGGGUACACCGGUGCAGAAUCGUCUGGACGAUCUGGCCGCUCUCCUCGCCUUCCUCCGCUUGCAUCCGUUUCACGACCGACCCAAAUUCAACCGCUUCAUCGUUGAGCCGUUCAAGGCGUGCGACCCCGAGAUCGUGCCGAAGCUGCGCGUGCUUGUCGACACUAUCACUCUCCGUCGUCUCAAGGACAAGAUCGACCUUCCGCCACGGGAGGAUCUGGUCGUUCGCCUCGACUUCAGCCCCGAAGAGCGCGGUAUCUACGAAAUGUUUGCCAGGAAUGCCCAGGACCGGGUGCGGGUGCUGGCCGGCUCAAAUAUUGGCAAAGCCUUAGGUGGAAACACUUACAUCCACAUUCUCAAGGCUAUCCUGCGACUCCGACUGCUCUGUGCGCACGGUAAGGAACUUCUUAACGACGAAGACUUGACCGCCCUCAAAGGCAUGUCAGCAGAGAUGGCCAUUGACAUUGAUGACGAUGACGACAACGACGGACCUACCCUCUCGCAUCAGAAGGCACAUGAGAUGUUUGCUCUCAUGCAAGACACGAACAACGACGCAUGUAUAGAAUGCACCAAGAAGCUCAACGCAGGCGACGGACAGAACCUCGAUGCGGAGAACCAAGAUGAUAUCCUUGGCUACAUGACUCCUUGCUUUCACGUCCUCUGCCGAUCUUGCGUACGGGGCUACCAUGAGCGUGCUAAGGCACUGUUGGUUCCUGGCCAGUCAUCUGGGCCGUGCCCUGUAUGCAACUCACACGUCCGCCUCGAAUUGGUCGAGCUUCGACGUGAUGAUGUCGACGCCGAGCAUGAUGGCCCUGCUAAGAGCAAGGCCAAGAAUGUGCGGAAGAAGAUUGAAAAGUACGACGGCCCACACACCAAGACCAAGGCUCUGAUUGAGGACUUGCUGAAGUCCCGUGCGGCAAGUGCCGCGAACCCUGAGGAGCCACCUUUCAAGUCGGUGGUGUUUUCGGGCUGGACAUCGCAUUUAGACCUGAUUGAGCUGGCGCUCAGCGCAGCCGGCAUCUCGUUCGCGCGGCUGGACGGAACCAUGUCGCGGACGGCCCGGACUGCGGCCAUGGACAGCUUCCGCGAGGACAACAAUGUUGAGGUCUUGCUCGUCUCUAUCAUGGCAGGCGGACUUGGUCUCAACCUGACCGCCGCGAACAGCGUCUACGUCAUGGAGCCGCAGUACAACCCGGCUGCUGAGGCGCAGGCUGUGGAUCGCGUUCACCGCCUGGGCCAGAAGCGAGCCGUCCGGACGGUUCGGUACAUUAUGCGUGGAAGCUUCGAAGAGAAGAUGCUGGAAAUUCAAGACAAGAAGAUGAAGCUGGCCAGCCUCAGCAUGGAUGGCCAAAACAGGCGGCUUGAUAAGGCCGAAGCCGCUCGGCAGAAGCUGAUGGACCUGCGCAGCCUCUUCAAGUAA